GCCCCGCCUCCUUUCGGGGCCUGCGCCACAGAAGGGGAGCCGUUCAAAACAAGGAACUGUGCGGCGGCGGCGUGGCUGCUCUGUUGUUGCCUUCCGGGGCUCCUUCGCCUGAGUGAGGCGGCGGGGAGGGCCUGGCCCUCUUGCUGCUUCUGCUUCUUGGUCCGGCGGCCCUCAUGGAUGAGAGCAAAGUAGCUGGUGGCAAAGUGAAGAAACCAGGGAAACGAGGCCGUAAACCAGCUAAAAUAGAUUUAAAAGCCAAACUUGAGAGGAGCCGGCAGAGUGCCAGAGAAUGUAGGGCAAGGAAGAAGCUAAGGUAUCAGUACCUAGAAGAGCUGGUUUCAAGCAGAGAGAGAGCAAUCUGUGCUCUCAGAGAAGAACUGGAAAUGUACAAACAGUGGUGCAUGGCAAUGGACCAAGGAAAAAUCCCUUCUGAAAUUAAAGCUCUGCUUAGUGGAGAAGAACAAAGUAAACCCCAACAGAACUCAGCCAGGAAUUCCAAAGUUGUGAAGGCAGAUGCCAACAGUCACAGUUCCUGGUGAAGAUUAAUCAUCUAAGACUCAUGAAAAUCAAACAGUGAUGUAUAGUCUUUCUGUGAAUGUAACCCUUUGCACUGAAUGAUUACAGUGAUUAUGUUGCAAAGAACAUGAUUGUUGGAUUACCAAAAGAAUGUAAUGUCAAUGGUAGGAUUAAAUGUGUGACUUUUAAGACCAUAUUAUUUUCUUAUAUUGCAAUGUAUAUAUGUGUGUGUGUAUUUAUAUUUGCUGUUAAUAGGGAAGUAAAUAUUUAACCUUAUAUAGUAAUUGCUUUUAGGCUUUAUGAUUUAGUUUUUGGUUUCUUUUUUGUUGUUCAGUCAUAGUGGAGUUCAAUUUAGAAAAGACAAUUAUUUCAGAUCUCACUUGUUUGAUCUUGACACUGAGACUGUUAUGCUUAUAUUUGUGGCAUAUGUUGUGAUUCUAAUUGCUGUAUAUCAGCAUAGACUUUAAAUAUAUGAUUGCCACUGCCUCCUUUCUCAUCUGUUUCUCUGCUAGCAUGUGACCUGUGAGUGACGAAAUCCUUCUUCCUAGUCUUAGGUCUGCUGUGCACUCAUGUGGUACUUUUAGACAUGUCCACUUCACCCGGCAUUUGAGACAAUAUUACAGGCCUUUUGCAGAUACUUGAGAUCUUGUUUGUGGGAUGCUUUGGAUCCUUCUGUGUGAAAUUGCACAGUUGAACACUGGGGUUAAAUUGAACUCUUCCCCUGUCUCUAAUGCCAGAAUGCCUGUAUUUGCAUGUUUUGUGUUCAAAUAAAGAGAAUCAUUUGGGAACAGUA